CCCUGGGACCCACCCUCAUCCUAGGGGGAGGAAAGUCGAAUUUCUCUGCCGACUGCUGGAGGUCUCAGCCACCGCUCUAACCGCUGCCUCGGCAUCCCCGGGGCGACCCUCAGUGUCGCUUGGCCGGAAGCGGAAGUGUGUGUCAGCCGGAUCAUGGCGAAUCUCGGCGCGCUGCCGGACUUGGUCCUCCUGGAGAUCUUCUCUUACCUCCCGGUACGGGACCGGAUCCGCAUCUCCAGAUGCGGCCUAAAGUCAUGUGGCACCUCCUCCGCCGGUACAUGGCAUCCCGGCUCCACUCCCUGCGCAUGGGCGGUUACCUGUUCUCGGGCUCCCACGCUCCCCAGCUGUCCCCCGCCCUGAUGCGGGCCCUGGGCCAGAAGUGCCCCAACCUACAGCGCCUCUGCCUGCACGUGGCCGACCUGACCAUGGUGCCCAUCACCAGCUUGCCCCGAACCCUGAGGACCCUGGAGCUUCACAGCUGUGAGAUCUCCAUGGCCUGGCUCCUCCAGCGGCAGGACCCCAGCGUGCUGCCCCUGCUCGAGUGCAUCGUGCUGGACCGCGUGCCCGCCUUUCGCGACGAGCACCUGCAAGGCCUGACGCGCUUCCGGGCCCUGCGCUCGCUGGUGCUGGGCGGCACCUACCGGGUGACCGAGACCGGACUGGACGCUGCCCUGCAGGAGCUCAACUACCUGCAGAGGCUCGAGGUGCUGGGCUGCACCCUGUCGGCCGACAGCACCCUGCUGGCCAUCAGCCGCCACCUCCGAGGCGUGCGCAAGGUCCGGCUGACCGUGAGGGGCCUCUCGGCCCCUGGCCUGGCAGUCUUGGAAGGCAUGCCGGCCCUGGAGAGCCUGUGCCUGCAGGGCCCCCUGGUCACCCCUGAAAUGCCCUCCCCCGCCGAAAUCCUCUCCUCUUGCCUGGCCAUGCCCAAGCUCCGGGUCCUGGAGCUGCAGGGGCUGGGCUGGGAGGGCCAGGAGGCCGAGAGGGUCCUGUGCGAGGGGCUGCCUCACUGCAUGGUCAUCGUCAGGGCGUGUCCCAAGGAGUCCAUGGACUGGUGGAUGUGACUGCUCUCUCGCUGGGCCCAUGCAGUUUUCUGUUGAGCCCCAGACCCUCUGAGCAGCUCCUCGAAGAGGGCAGAUAAUCAGGCUUGAGGGCAGGUCCCGGUGGGGAGGAGCAAGACCUUGGGGACUCCCAGACUGUUAAUUCCAGCCUCUGGGAGGCCAGAUCCCACACCUGGAAAUGGGGAGACCAUAGCUACCUCACGGCUGUGUUGCAAAGCCUUACUCCAAUAGCUCCCAACCCCAGAAGCCUCUCAGGGAAGGGUCAUCCUCAGGGUUGUCCUCAGGGAUGGGGGAAUGCAGAAAGUAGGGGUUAAGAGCGAGGGGCCCAUGGGGGGCCCAGCCCUCUGGAGGGGCCUGGAAGGACUAGCUAUGCAUGCGUGCCCACACGCUUGUACUCUGUGUGUACUCCUAUACACACACAAGAGACCUAGGGAGACAGGGCAAGCAAGACUUGUGGUUUGAUGGUUGCAAUGUUCAUAAAGGUUCUCAGCUGUAUUUUGUAUUCUGCAUUUCCCAAGUUUUCCACUGCAUAAUCUUAUUUUGCUAUUAAAGAAAAAUCACGUUUUU